AGUAACCUUUGCUUCAACAAUAUUGACAAAAUUUAGUGAAUGACGUGUUUGGCUAAGUGCGGGACUGCAUUACAGUAUUUACGUCGCCUCCUUCAUUCGCGCACCUGCACCAGCUUCCUGUUACAUUUGUCAUUGUGAUUUUACGCUUGUGUGUACUCUUUUCCAGUUAAACCGUAUAUUAACUAGUCAUGGCCACUAAAGCAGCCCUCCCAAGUGCCGACCCUCAAUUGUUAGGAGCCAUUUCCAAGGCCACACCAGAAUCUCUACACCAUGUGAAGACUGAUGUGAAAAACCCACUGCCUAGUAAAGAAGAUUUACGACAGGAGAAGGAUCACGAGAAUUUAAUACACAACUUGGAGGAAUUUGAUCCAACAAAUCUCCACCACACUUCUACUAAAGAACGUAAAAUAUUGCCAGAUACUAACAUGCUAGCAGAAGAAAGAUUGAGAUAUGAUCACCUUAGCAGUAUUAGCAGCUUUACUAAAGUUGAGCUCAACCCUAUACAGCCAAAUGAAAAGAUAAUAUUACCAGGCCCACAGACAAUUGCUCAGGAGAAAACAGAACAAGAGUUAAUGUCUGGCAUUGAAGGAUUUGAUGCUGGAAAAUUGAAACCCACUGAAACCCAAGAAAAGAACCCAUUACCAGAUCCUUCAGCAAUCACUGCAGAAAAAGCUGAAAGGUAUCGUAAACAGUCUAUAGAAGAUUUUAAUAAAAAGAAAUUGAAACGAGCAAAUACGGAAGAGAAAAAUACACUACCUGAUGCUGAUGCAAUUGAGCAAGAAAAAAGAGAAUGUGAAAUGAGACACUCUAUUGGUGAUUUUAAUAAAUCAAAAUUAAGACAUUCACAAACUGAAGUGAAGAAUCCUUUACCGAGUACUGAAGCAAUAAAUUUGGAGAAACAAGAGGUUGAGAAGAUACAGGAGAUUGAGGGAUUUAAGAAGGAUUCAUUGAAACAUACAGAACCAACAGUCAAAAAUGUAUUACCUGAUCAAGACACAUUGGAUGCAGAGAAGAAAGAACAAGAGUUGAAGGAUGCAGUGACUAAAUUUAACCGCAACAGUUUGAAAAAGACAACAACAGAGGAAAAGAAUGCAUUACCAUCAUCUCGAGAUAUUGCCGAAGAGAAAGCAGCUAAGUGAUGUGUUCAUCUGUACAGACAAUUAUUGAAUGUAAAUAAACCACAGGACGCUUGGUUCAUAACAUAAAACUACACUCUGUAAGCUUCGCUGGAUUGGCUAAGAUUUGUCGCUAGAGUUAAUUGCCAGUGUAUUCACAUAUAAAGGAUUUUCCUACAUCAGAGUUGAAUUGAAAGGAUGUUAAAACCGUUCAUUGGAGGAAUUGUAUUCAAAUUUUUUUUGGAAUUGGUAUCUAAUGCAACAAAUUGCAUUUCUUUCAAAAUAUUAACCAGUUAUUGUUUUAAUAACAAAUUUCAUUAGUAAUAUUUAAAAAAUAAUUCAUAUGGAUUUUUCAGUAUUUCGUAAACAUUCAAAAUUUUAAAGAAAUGAGAUUACAUUACAAAGGGGAAAUAACCCAGUGAAGUUUUCAAACAAGAUGAGUGUUUCUUGUACAUAGUGCAAUAUACAUGUAAUAUGUUAACUUAUAACCAAGGUCUUUUUCUGAAGCAGUUUCAAAUGAAAAAGUUCUUUUCACAGUUAUCUGAGUUAAGUAUUUCCUUAUUUGAAUAUAAAAGUGUACUGUAGAUAACAUACAAUUCCUAGCAGGUGCUGAUGUAACAAAAUAGAGAGAAAAAAAACCAUCUUUGUCAACAAAAAAAAAAAUUGAUGAAAAUCAAUUUGAACAUUAUAUACAUCUUUUGAAGUAAAUAUACGUCCAUUAAUGAUAAUAAAAUUGCAUUAUUUAAACAAAUAUCCUUCAAACAAUAUUUUAAAGAGUUUUGCUUUUUGAAUUACAUGAUCUUUAUAUGAGUCCCUUUAAAGCAUGUAGUCAAUGAAAAAAUAAACAUAUAAAAGCAUAUAAAGUGCUGAUUCAUUAUAAUUAGGAAUAAAUUCAUGUAGUAGAACUAAAGGAAUUGUCUGUUAUCUUGUAUUAAAACGUCAAUAUUUUAUAAUUCCAAAUGCCAAAAUAUAUUAUUAAGCAUUUUCUUACCAUCUCAGGUUUUGAAUAGUGAGCAAUAAUUUCAAACCUUUAUAUUUUUUUUACAAAUGUGAUAUGACCUAUUCACUGCUGAUCAAUUAUUUGUUUAAGUUUGUCUUAAGGUUUAUUCAACAUUAAUAAUAAUAUAUUUUUAUAACUAUGUCUCAUGUUUCAUCAAAGUUUUAUGUGGCUGCAUGAAAGAAAUUUUUUAGUAUUUAGUUCAGUUUGUUUAAAUUUGCAUUUUUGAUAUCUUUUCAAAUGUUUUAGUUAGAUCUUUUCACUGUAAGUGUCUCUAGUUUCUUCAAGCUAUAUGUUAAUUUUUUUCAUUGAUAUUUUUUAUUUUUCAUGAAUAUUUUGUUAAAUUAUUUCAGUCUAACAGCUACAAGGAGUAUUGUAUAUUUUUUUUAAAUAAUUUGCAAUUCCUACAGUAAAUAAAUACAAUUCUCUCCCAUUUCUCUCUAGUUCUCUCCCAAAAAUGAUUUUUGCAAUUAUUUAUAAUUUUGAUUUAACCUCUGUGAAUUGUACACACUUUGGGACCAAAGGUGAAAAAUUUAAUUUGUGACAUCACAUUCCAUUUUUUGGCAAAUUUGAAUAUUGUAUGAUGUUGUACUGAAUACUCAAGUUAAUUGUAACAUAAGGUUUAAUCAUAAAGAUUUAUUUAGAAAAAGACCCGUUCUACGCAUAAUACCAUAACAAUAUAGAUAAAACCAUGGUAAUAUCUAAUUGAAUUAAUCACGUCCAUUCUAUAUUAUUUUAUCUCUCUUUAGUGCUUAUUAUGUUAUAAAGGCAUAUUUUCAAUAAAAAUUGAAAUUGUUA